UCACCAAAACGGUGCGCCACGGCCUGAACCCUGAACCCCAGCCGUCCGGCCGUCCCCCUCCUCUGCGCUAAAACCUAGCUCUCCUUGCCGAGUCAAACCGCGCAUGAAACCUUAGGGCCCCGCUUCGCCUCCCCGAUCCGCCAACCGCCAUUGCCCUCCCUGAUGCAGGCGUCCGCGCGCCUCGCCUCCUCCGCCGCCUCAAAGAGGGCGAUCUCGGGCGUCUCUAGCACGAUCACACGGUCGUGCUACCGGACCUCCCGGGGAAAGGCACAUACGGCGCCGCUGUCCGCGCAGGAGCCGCCGCCGAGUGGGCACAAGAGAGUUACGAAGCAGGAGCGGAGGGUUAGGAUAGAGGAAUUUGUGGAGAAGUAUAAGGCUUCAAAUGAAGGUAGGUUCCCCACUAUAAAAAAUGUUCGUCAGCAUGUUGGAGGCGGCCACUACACGGUGCGAGAGGUAAUUCAGGAAUUGGAGUACAAUCAUGCAAAACCACCGCUGGAUAAUGCUAAGGCAGCUCAAUUUCAAGGAACAACUGAAUUUGCUGAUCAUUCAAGACCUAAGGAUGAGUCUAAGACAGCUCAAGUUCACGGAACAGCUGAGUUUUCUGUGGGCGCAAGGCUUAAGAAUGACAAUGGAAAGAAUCCCUACAGCUGUGAAGCCUUCAAAAGUACCGUAGAUGAUGGGCUAAUCUCGCAGAAAGAUGCUACUACCAGCACUGAAAUCAUUGAAAAGACUGAAACUUGGAGAUUUGUGGGCUCUUCUCAUUACAAUGUGGAAACAGAAGUUGCCAAGCAAGAUUUGAACAUGACAGAAACCUCUAAGAAUGCAGAUGGCCCGACUUUAUCUGAUGAAACAGAAAGCGACAGCAUGAAGGUCCUAAUGAAUGAACCUUCCAUAUCUUUGGGAGUGCAAGCUAAAUCAGACUCUGGGAACCAGCAAGGGGAAACAGAAGCCAACAUAUUAGACUUGAACAACACAGAAAAUUUCCUGGAUCCACCUGAAUCGACUGUAUCAGGUCAAAGUGGAAGUGACAACGUGAUCAAGCCAAACAUGCUUGGCAGAGAACACGGCCCUAAGCAUCAGCUUGAGGAAUCAACGAAGACGGGUCUCUUAGGGAGUUUGAAAUAUUUUGCUUAUGGGAUCAGGAACUUCUGGAAUAAACUGUAAAUUUGCCUUUGUUUUGGCUGCUACCUAACACAUGGAAUUUGUAAAGCUUUUUGAGCCUGGAGCAAUUUGUAAAGCUUUCUGAAAGCUGUAGAAUUAAUGACCUUAAUCCCCCUUGUUUAGCAUAUGUGAUACUGGAGUAGUUUGUAAAGUGCUCUUUUUACGCAACAAAUAAUUAAUGGUCUAGUUACCGUUG